GAUACAGAUUUCCCAAUAUAAAUUAUGGCAAGCGUAAGUAGAAAGAUCUCAAGAAAGGAGACUAGAAACCGUCACCCUGGGUUGACGCAGCAAAAAAGGCAAGAGAUCAAAGAAGCAUUCGAGCUCUUUGACACCGAUGGCUCUGGAACUAUUGAUGCCAGUGAGCUGAAUGUUGCUAUGAGGGCCCUUGGAUUUGAAAUGACAGAGGAGCAAGUUGAGCAGAUGAUUGCUGAUGUUGACAAGGAUGGUAGUGGUGCAAUCGAUUUCGAUGAAUUUGUACACAUGAUGACUGCCAAAAUAGGGGAGAGGGACACUAAAGAGGAUCUCGCGAAAGCAUUUAACAUACUAGACCAAGAUAAAAAUGGGAAAAUAUCUGCUGCUGACAUUCAGCAAAUUGCCAAGGAGUUGGGAGAAAAUUUCAGCGCAAAAGAAAUACAAGAGAUGAUAGAGGCAGCAGAUCGUGAUCGUGAUGGAGAAGUAAGUGCGGAAGAGUUUAUGAGGAUCAUGAGGAAAACCAGCUUCGCAAACUAGUAGUACAAAAUCAUAUUU